AUGACGGAUCUCACGUGUGUCGUUAAAUUGGACAGUGGCGCAAUCAAAAAACUAUUCGCCUUGGGAGGAAGCGCGGUACUCACUCUGCAAGACUUCUUUCGAGAAGACGACGUAUUCAUUGCUUACGGCAACGAGAGAGCUAGCGCCGACGAUUUUUACGUAAUAUCAGAAGGUAAUCGAUUAUCCCUCAUCUAUUUCCUAAGAGUUCUCGAUCGAGAUCUGAGGAAUAGUUUACGUUGA